AUGGAUACGCAAGCAACCUCACAGAUCGAAGUGGCAUCUUUUACCUUCUUUUUUCUUCACGCUUUGCUCUUGCUUUCUCUUGCAACCGUAACGUUCUCACAUGAUCUCUCUCCUUCCUUCUACAAUCAUGUCUGCCCUCAAGCUUUGCCCACCAUUAGAAGGGUUGUCGAGGAUGCUAUAAAGCAAGAACGACGAAUGGGUGGCUCUUUGUUACGUCUACAUUUUCACGAUUGUUUCGUUAAUGGUUGUGAUGCUUCAAUUCUGCUAGACUCUACGCCUACCAUUGACAGUGAAAAGAAUGCACUUGCCAACAAUAAUUCUGCUCAAGGGUUCGAAGUCAUUGAUAGAAUCAAGUCGGAAGUUGAUAGAGUCUGUGGUCGCCCAGUAGUCUCUUGUGCUGACAUUUUGGCUGUGGCUGCUCGUGAUUCUGUAGUUGCGUUAGGAGGACCAACAUGGGAGGUGAAACUAGGAAGGAGGGACUCUACUACAGCAAGCAAAGACACAGCAAACAAUAAUCUUCCAAACCCAUUUAUGGACUUAUCUCAAUUGACAGACAAUUUCAAGAAUCAAGGUUUGAAUACUAAGGAUCUGGUUGCACUUUCGGGCGGUCACACCUUAGGAUUUGCUCAGUGCUUUACAUUUCGGCAGCGCAUCUACGGGGAUAAAGACAUUGAUUCUAAGUUUGCAAGGCAACGGCAAGCGAAUUGCCCUAUGAAUGGGGGAAACUCGAGCCUGGCUUCUCUUGACCCAACUCCUGCUUAUUUCGACGCCAAGUAUUUCAAGAACUUGGUGAAAAAGAAAGGGCUGUUGGUGUCUGAUCAAGCAUUGUUUACUGGUGGCCAAACUGAUGAUCUUGUUCGGUUGUAUAGCAGAAAUCAUGGUGCUUUCUCCAAUGACUUUGCUAAGUCCAUGAUUAAAAUGGGGGAUAUUAAACCAUUGACAGGAAACAUUGGUCAAAUUCGAGUGAACUGCAGAAGGGUGAACUACUACUGAUGAACAAUUCUUUCAUUCUUUUCUUGUUAAAUUAAUUGAUUAUACAAUUGUUUUUGUAUGUACUUGGUUGAUUCAUUUAUUUUUUAUUCCUUUUACUUUUUUUGAGGCUUAAUUGUUUCAAUGAAAAUAUACAAAUGUAAA